ACACUGGGCAUUAGGGUUUCUUUCAUGGUGGGUAGCAUUGGGUGAAGUUGGUUGGACAAAUCUCACAAAAAUCCAUUUCAUGUUUCUAUUAUUAUAUUUAUGCAGAUAUUAAGACCAAUGUUAUUUUAGAAACAUAGUAAUGUAAUCUAAAAGGAACAUUAAUAUAUACGCCGACAAGUAUUUUAUUAGAUACUACAGUGUAGUAUAUAAGUUCAUGUAUGUUAUAUUGUUAUAUAAUAAUAAAAAUGGGUACGUAUGCGUGGUUGAAAACCCUUAAAUUGUCAAAAAGUUAGCUGUAAUAAUCAACAUUCAGAAAAGACUACCAGUGGCCGCUUCUCCCUCAAGAUCGGUAUUUGGUACACAAAUCAUUUCAUAUUUUAAUAUAUAGUUUAGUUAUAUAUGUGAUUAUAUAUAUAAACCCUAUCUAUGUCACAUUAUUGAACAGCUUUUUGUGUCGUUGUUUGUUUUCUCUUCAAGGGAGCUAGAAAGGAGAAGCAUUACUUUUCUUUGUUGUCUCUAAUUUUGAUUGGUCAAAAGAGAACAAUAAAUGGAAGAAAAUCUUCCUCCAGGGUUCAGAUUUCAUCCUACAGACGAGGAGCUCAUAACGCAUUAUCUUUGUCGGAAAGUCUCCGAUACUGGAUUCACCGGUAAAGCUGUCGUCGACGUUGAUCUGAACAAGUGUGAACCUUGGGAUUUGCCAGCCAAGGCUUCAAUGGGAGAGAAAGAGUGGUACUUCUUCAGCCUAAGAGACCGGAAAUACCCAACCGGUUUAAGGACAAACCGAGCAACUGAAGCCGGUUAUUGGAAAACCACGGGUAAAGAUAAAGAGAUAUACAGAAGUGGAGUGCUGGUUGGGAUGAAAAAAACCCUAGUUUUCUACAAAGGAAGAGCUCCAAAGGGCGAGAAAAGCAAUUGGGUUAUGCAUGAGUAUAGGCUUGAGAAUAAACAACCCUUCACACCCGCUAAGGAGGAAUGGGUAGUGUGUAGGGUUUUCGAAAAAAGCACAGCUAUAAAGAAACCACAAGAACAACAACCUCAGUCAUCUUUUGGAUCUCCAUGCGAUGCAAACUCAUCAAUGGCAAAUGAGUUUGAAGAUAUCGAGCUUCCCAAUCUCAAUUCAAACUCAUCAACCUUCGGUUACAAUCAUAUUCAUGAUCAUCAAUAUCCGCAAACUAGUGUUUAUUCAGAAGACAAUAUUACAAGUGCUGCUGGUCUCAACAUGAACAUGAACAUGGCUACUAAUAUUCCGUCUUGGACAACAAGUCUACUUGCUCCACCUUUAUCUCCAAUCAACUCUUUGUUGCUCAAGGCUUUCCAAAUCAGGAACUCUUAUAGUUUCCCAAAAGAGAUGGUCUCUAAUAUCCAUCCUUCUCUACACCAGCAAGGAGCCUCCAAUAUUAUGCAAAAUGGUUCAAGUUCGUCACAGCCGCAACCGCAAGAGGAAGCGUUUAAUAUGGAUUCCAUAUGGUGAAGGGUAAAUCACGUAGUAAAUCUGUAAUCUCCUAAUUAAUUAACUUUUUCUUAUGUAAUCCUUAUCAGUCUCAAUUGUAUCAUUACAUAUACAUAUAGAUCUCAUCUUAUACGUACAUGAGGUCCAGAAACUAGUGCAUUCAUGUCCACAUCCUUAUAUGUUAUAAGUUAUAGUUUUUUUUUUGUUCAA